GGAGAAGGGGAAAAAAGUACUAAAUAUCAAAAUGCUUUGUUUGAGCUUUUGAGGGCUUUCCAGUAUGGAUAUUAUAGCGCGUAUUUUCGACUUGAUAAAGCGACGCUACAAGGUAUUCCUUGCAGUCCUCGCAGUAUUUACAAUCGUACUCUACAAGUGGCUUCCAUCAAGCGUAUAUCAACCAACAGAAAAGCUUGUUUACUACAAUGCCUGUAGUUUAUUCACUUUAAAUAUCUGGUUUGGACAUGUCAAGACAGCUGACCGAAUGGCACUGCUUGGUAAAACGAUUGAAAAACUACGCCCCACUAUAAUUACAUUUCAAGAAGUCACAAGCAAAAACAUUGGUUUUUUGAAAGAGCAAAAGUGGUUCAGCCGAUAUACAAUGAUUCCCAAUGAACUGCUAUCAAAUCAAGGUUACGGGGUUGUGAUCUUAACUGUAUACCCAGUUGUUAAUUGGCGUAGUGUACCGUUUAAGAACUCACGGAUGGGAAGAUAUCUCCUUCUAGCAGAGCUCAAAGUUGAGUUUGGCACACAAAGAAACUCGUGGCAAACCUCUCCCUCAAGGGGAUAUUCUCCAACUUUGAAAGAUGUAUAUAUCACUGUUGCCACGUCACAUCUGGAAAGCAUGGCAUACACUACACUAGAGAGGGAGAAACAGCUGCAGCAAUCUUUAGAAAUAUUGAAUGACUAUGAUAACGUUUGUCUGAUGGGAGACUUAAACUUGGAGUUGAAGGUAGAUGGGGAAAUACAGCUACCACAUGCAUGGUUUGAUGCGUGGCUGUCAAUAAACAACAAUACUCAUUUGAAUGGAAUCACAUGGGAUCCUGACAAUAACCCUUAUGUAAAAAUGAGUGAGCCUGAAUCAACGCAUGAUAGGUUUGAUCGAGUAUUGUGCAAACUUAAGAACUUUGGAAUAGAAAGUAUUGACAUUGUGGGCAAGAAGUCUGAAAAUGGUAUCUUUUUGAGUGACCAUUAUGCAUUGUAUACCAGACUUAAGUUUGGGUCUACUCAGACACUUGCUCACAAAUCUCCUUUGGUAAAUAAGGUCAGGUUUAUAAGACCAAAGAACUGGAAGACGUUUACACAUUAAACUUUGUUGUUAACAAAGAAAAUAGAAGAGAAAUAGGCUGAGCUGAAAAAGGUGCUUGACGGUACCAUGUUGGACCAAAAGAGAAACAUAAUGGCUUUUUCCAAGGGUCUCCAUUUCACCUGUUUUCGUAUCAUGUUGUUUCCUGUUGUUGUUUCCAUUUGCGUGUGAAAGAUACUAUCCAGAAAGUUGCAUCAGAACAUGAUAACAUAUUAAGUAACAAUGCGCUUACGAACUAGGGAACUCUCUAUUGUUCUGCGGCAUAGCAAGUUCCCCAUGUACGAAUGUCUUGGUUUUUACACUGAUUAUGUAUC